AUGACUGCCUUGACCCCGCCUGGUGGUCCCGUGCUGGCAACGAAGGCCAGGUCUUUUGCGGACCUGGUCAUGGCCAUUCCUCAACCUCUACCAGAAGUAAAUCUUCCAAUGAGGCCUCUAAAGAUAAUAGAAGGUCAGGUAUGUUUUAUGUUUUUUAAGGAAGAAAUGGCGUUAUUGGCAGCUCCGUUCAGAUACUCUUUGGUUCUGAAGUUUCUUAGGCAGAGACCUAUAUUAAAUGCGAUAAGAACGUUUAUUCGGGUGAGAUGGGGCUUAAUGGGAAAUGUGGUCGUCUCCUCCAGGAGCAAAAAUCGUAACAUGUUCGUUCGCUUAACGUCGGAAGAUGACUUCAAUAAGGCAUUUUCACGAGAGGCUUGCGACAUAAAUGGAGUUCCAUAUAGAGUUUCCCAUUGGAAGCUGGGCUUUACGGAAGAGGAGGAAACUCCUUUUGUUCUGGUAUGGGUGAUGCUACCAGGUCUCCCUCCAAACUUCUAUCACGAAUCUAUCCUCAAAAUACUGACGGCACCACUUGGGAAGUUCAUCCGAUCCGAUAAUUCCACUCGUUGUGCGACGAGAACAGAAGGAGCUCGCGUCUGUCUAGAGAUGGAUGCUUCAAUACAGCAGUUGGACUCAUUCUAG